AAUCGCAAUGAAUGGGAGUUUGGUUGGGCGUAUGGUGUUGGUUGGGGAGCUGCCAUUUUCUUGUUUGGUGGUGUAAUUCUCUUGUUGUGUGACAAGGAAUCUGAAGAAAUUUACUUUAAAGAGCGCAAGAUCGUGCACGACUCAGAUUCGCGAGCCUAG